UCAGGCAAUCCUCUUGUCCAAACCAGUGGUGUUAUGUUUCCACAAAUCAGAACCCUGCAGACCACGCUACCCGGUUUACUGCAACAGAGUGCUUACAACAGACCAGCUGGUUUACAGGUCCCAGUUUUUUGACAUCAGACUCUGUAGAAAAUCCCCCUGAAACCAACAACUUUAGUCUGGUGGAACCUGAAACGGAUGUUGAAAUCUGACCCAUUGUGACAGUUAUGACUACCAACACCUCAUCAGGUCAGCUAGGUGUUCACAUCAAUUUGAGCGAUUCUCAGAUUGGACAAGACUCUGCAACACAAUUGCCAGACCCAUGAGUGUUGUCGUUUCCUUCAAGAAGAACCAUAAGGAUGCAAAAUGUGAAACAGGGAAACGUGUUAUGAAAAUACCCAAUACGAUGGAGCUCAAAAAGGCUGAAACUCUAAUCAUUUAUGUCAUCCAACAAGAGGCUUUCAAAAAGGAACUUAAGUUUCUUGAGAAGGAAGAGACAUUUACUAAACAAAGCCCACUUCAGAAACUUAAUCCUGUGAAGGACAGUAAGGAUUUGCUGAGAGUUGGAGGUCGUAUUUCAUCUGCAGAGAUGUCAAACGAGGAGAAACAUCUGCUGAUCAUUCCUCGAACAUGCCACAUUGCCACAUUACUUGUGAGAUUUUUUCAUAAGGAGGUGGCUCACCAAGGUCGCCACAUAACAGAAGGAGCUAUUCGAGCCGCCGGCUACUGGAUUAUUGGAGCCAAGCGUCUAGUGUCUUCUGUAAUCCAUAAAUGCGUUAUCUGCCGCAAGCUACGUGGACAUCUACAAAAUCAGAAAAUGGCAGAUCUGCCUACAGACAGACUUACACCUGAACCUCCAUUCACAAAUGUGGGCCUUGAUGUCUUUGGACCAUGGACCAUCAGUACACGUCACACGAGAAGAGGAAGUGCUAAUAGUAAAUGGUGGGCCGUCCUUUUCACUUGUAUGUCAACCAGAGCUUUGCACAUAGAGCUGGUGGAAUCCAUGUCAACAGAUAGCUUUAUCAAGGCUCUGAGGAGAUUUUUUGCUAUCCGUGGUCCUGACAAACUUCUCCGAUCUGACAGAGGAACCAACUUUGUGGGUGCAUGCAGAGAACUGAACAUCAGCUCCAAACAUGCAGCGGUUGAAUCCUAUCUCCAAAGCAAAGGAUGCACAUGGAUUUUUAACCUGCCGCAUUCAUCACACAUGGGUGGUUCAUGGGAGAGACUUAUUGGUGUAGCGAGAUGUGUUCUGGAUGCUAUGUUACUCCAAUCAGGACACAAUCAUCUCACACAUGAGGUUUUGAGCACUCUCAUGGCUGAAGUCAUGGCUAUCAUGAAUGCCAGACCUCUGGUGCCUGUGUCUAAUGAUCCUGAGAUGCCAACCAUCCUCACUCCAGCUAUGCUGCUUACUCAGAAGACAAGCACAGUGUCAGCUCCUUCUGGUGAAUUCAAGAUGGGUGUUCUCCAAGGUAAACAAUGGAAACAUGUUCAGUGUCUUGCAGACACAUUUUGGAAGAGAUGGAAACAAGAAUAGUUGUCCACUCUACAAGUGCGCAGGAAAUGGACUCGGCAAGAAAGAAAUAUAAAGGUGGGAGAUGUUUUGCUUAAAGACAGUCAAGCCCACAGGAACGACUGGCCCAUUGAGAUCAUUGUGAAAACCUUACCAAGCAGCGACAGGAUCGUACACCAGGUAGAAGCGAAGAUAACAAAAGGAGGGCAUGCCAAGAUUUUCCUCAGACCUGUCUCAGAAAUUAUUGCUCUGCUUUCUGAAGGCAUUUG